CUGUGAUUGGCCGGAGCCUUGAGGAGGGGGGGAGGGCAUCCUUCGCCUCCUCUCCUCUCCUCUCCUCCCGUCCUGGAGAUCAGAGCGAUGCGGAGACAAUAGGACGCAGAGCCGCGGGGAGGGCAGCAGGAUGCUCGGAUCCACAUCCAGCAGCGACACACGGCUCCGCGGAGGCUUCUGGCAGGACGCGUCGGGCAGGCUCACCUCGCCGUAGCAUGCGCGCUCAUCCACCUGCGUGUUCAUAGUGUGCGUGGACAGGGUGGACACCGCAGCCUCCUUAUGGGAACCCAGUGAAGGUGAUACCAGCUGUUGGCUGCUCCGCCUCCCCUGCCUAAGAGUUCACUCACCGCUUCUUCACCCUAGUCCAUCGUUCGAAGCAGCCCCCACCAUGAGCUCCUCUCCACUGGUUUCCCGGGCUAACGUGGACAUCCUGGACGAGCUGCAGCUGAUCGCUGCGCAGAACCUAGACAGGCUGGAGGUCAACAAGUACUAUGAGGUGAUCAGGGAGCUGGGGAAGGGCACCUACGGCAAGGUGGACCUGGUCAUCCACAAGAUCAGAGGUACAAAAAUGGCACUAAAGUUUCUGAAGAAGAAGACGACCAAGCUGAAAUCUUUCCUCCGGGAGUACAGCAUCUCACUGUACCUGUCUCCCUGCCCCUUCAUCAUCAACAUGUACGGCAUCGCCUUCGAGACAGACGAGUACUACGUCUUUGCCCAGGAGUACGCCGUGGCAGGAGACCUCUUCGAUAUCAUUCCCCCACAGGUUGGUCUACCCGAGUCAGUGGCAAAGCGCUGUGUGCAUCAAGUGGCCAUUGCUCUGGAUUAUCUGCACUGUAAGAAGCUCGUCCACAGGGACAUCAAGCCUGAGAACAUUCUCAUUUUCGACAGAGAGUGUCGCAAAGUCAAGCUUUCUGACUUUGGCAUGACCCGUCGGGCUGGCUCGCCCGUAAAGAGAGUGAGUGGCACCAUUCCCUACACGGCCCCUGAGCUUUGUGACGCCUCCCGCCAGGAGGGCUUCUGUGUGGACUACAGCACUGAUGUCUGGGCCUUUGGCGUGCUGCUCUUCUGCAUGCUGACUGGCAACUUCCCCUGGGAGAAGGCACUUCCCACCGAUACCUUUUACCAAGAGUUCAUCCACUGGCAGAGGAGGAGGACGAACACGGUGCCAUCCCAGUGGAGGCGCUUCACCGAGCAGGCGCUGCGCAUGUUCCGCCGACUGCUCUCAGUCGAGCAGGACCGCCGCUGCUCCGUUAAGGAGGUGUUCGGGUACUUCAGCCACUCCUGGAUGCUGGAUGCGGAGCACGACACCAACGGCAAUGCAGCAGGUGGAGUUAGCGGGGAGAUGGUUGGCAGUGGAGGAGGAGGGGGGAGUGUGCGAGGAGAUAUGGAGGGUACCAUCUCAACCUCAUCGGGGGAAGAAGACGAAGAGCUCCUGGUGGAGAGGAUGAAGCAGCAGACACUGUCGCCUCGUUCGCCACUCUCACCUCUCUCUCCCAUGGCGGUGGAGAGGGGCAGCGGUGGGGGCGGGGCCAAGGGAACCAUGAUGGAGCCAGGCGGGGGACAUCAUUUCGUGUCUGUCUCCACUAACAGCUCUGUGUCGUCCACCAACAGUUACGACCGAAUGCCACGAGAAAACGGUUCCCCCGGCGGCCGCUUGCUAGUGGCCACACCCAUUGAAAUCUGCGUGUGAGCAAAGGCUAACUUUGUGACAGACUGAACCCACACUUUCAUACCUCUCAAACUGCAAUAGUCGUGCAUGCAUCAAAAAAGGAGCAGCCUAAAAGUACUAAUGUAUCCUGUUUUCAACAUCUUCGGAGGCAAGAUCUUGACCGAGGGCAAACUUUCCGCAUAAGGAAAGAUUUUGGAUUGGAUGUCAGCAAAAGAGGCUUUGUUUACAAUUCAGUGACAUUUUGAAAUGCAUUUUGUGAGAAUAUUAAGAAAAAGUAGGAGACUCUGCAACUAAAACCAUCGGAAAAGAAAACCAAAAUGUAUUUUAUAGAGCAAUACUUGCAGCAAAAAUAUUAAAUGGAGAAGACUUUGAAAACUUUGACGAAGGAUUUGUUUCUAUGAUGAGGACUGAAACAGAGCUCGAAGAAACACCCUAGCUGACAGAGUGAGACGAGGUUGUAACAAAAAUGUGAAAGUGUGUUUGUGGGUUGUGUAUGAAUCUAAAAAAAAAGUGUAUUUAUUUUGCUUUGAGAUACAACUAAUUUAUUGAAUUGUAAAAGACGAAACAAUUUUUUCUACUUUCAUUGUUUUUGUUGUCUUUAUAUGGUAGCUCUCUUUGUUUUCUGUUUUAGCGAACACUGUAAAGGGACAUGCACUUCUGCUUCCCUGGGAAACGCUGACGGCUGGGUGAUGAGUCGGGGUAUAACGGUUUGUUCAGCUCACGAGACGACGCGACACGUGACACUUGGUUCGCGGCGAGUAGAUACUUGUUUCCACAAACUGUUUGGGGAAAAUCUUCCUUUAAGUGCAGAGUUAUUCAUUUAUAUAUGGUAGCCGAAUUUUGAAAGUCAAAUCUAAACAGAAAUUUUAGAUUUGAUCCAUUUUUUGCAUUUUUUAGAUAAAUAGCUAGAAACGAUCAAAUAUGCUUCCUUAAAAAAAGUGAAACACUAUUUAGUUUAGUGCUGAUAGGAAGCUUUGAAGCGGGAGCUAGCUUUAGCAUUGUUAGCUUGCCAUGAUUUAAAUUAUUUUUUUAGCAAUCCUUAGAAAUAAUUUGAACCUUUUUCAUUCUGUUAUAUUUUUGUUUCCUAAUGGUAAAUUACCAAAAUUACGUGCCAACAAAUAAUUCAAACGUCAUGGCUCCAGCAACCAAAUGCUAAUGCACGUAUCAGAGUGUUAUCAGUCAGCCCCGACUAUCGGUCUCUGUUGACUCCGAUGACGCAACACUUUUGUUUUCUUGCUUCGAAAAAAAAGCACUUUCAGAUGUAGCUUGAGGCACUUACCUUCAUAUCGUGGGCUUAAAUGUCUUUCACUCUACAGUCAGGCCAACACUGACAGAACUUACCCAGAUGUCCCAAAUGUACCCAAAUGUCAUCGCUUUUCCGUAUCGCGACAUUUCGUACCAGGAAAUUCUGUUAUACCCCUACGGAUGAGCAUACCGACAUUAAUCCUUGUACAUUAUGUGACCUGAUCAACAGAAUCCAGACAGAAGAAGCUGACACUAUUGGCCUGAUUUUUAACAAGAGAAAAGGCUUAUGAUCUUCUCUGUCUACUUUUAUAUUCACUCCUGAAAUUCUUUUCGUAUCGCUUUUAUCUUUGAAGCUUCACAGGAAAAAAAUCUGUCAGCAAAGCUUUCAUUUUUUUUCUGUUUGUUUUUUAUGUAUACUUUUACAGAACAUACUGUAAUUAUUUCCUUUGAAACUCCUAUCUAUAGAGUUAUUAAAGAAACAAUCCUAGCUCAAUUUGGAGAAAAGAAACAGAAAAGAAAAUAGCACCAGCUUUAUAAUUGCAUGACUCGCUCACACCUACAGUAAAAAAAAAAAAAUUACACAAGUUAAAAAAAAAACGUUUUGAAGAAAUAUGUGAUUAUUUUCGCAGUAGCACAAUUAGUUUUGACUCUGUGUGAAAUAUUUGUGUUAUCGUGUGAUCAUCUUGCCACUUUCAAGAACAGCUAAAAAAAAAGUAAUGAGCAUGAGGGCACUAGAGCGAGAGGCUGUAAUAAGGAACUUUACUGUCUUAUCUGAAGACUUAGCUUCUAAAUGGCCUUUGAUGAGACGUUCAGCUUUUGUAUUUUUAUCAGAUUCAGAAUGACGGCAAAAAAAAAGAAAAAAAGAAGAAGCAAACCAUUCCUGUUUGACCAAUAAUUUAAAAAAGGAUAUUUUUCAGAGCAUCAAAUCCUGUGAAGGAAUGGCUGUUGCUUUCCACACAUAAACCUGCAUGGACGUGUAUUUCCUAAAAAAAAAAAAAAAAAAGCUCUCUUGUGAAAACCAGCUCAGUGUUCCUUGAACCCCAAACCGUAGUAAGCUGUAGAUGUAGAGUAGCUGCCAGCAAUAUGUUUCUUUAUCUUGUGUCAGUAGCCUCAGCAUGGCUGAGGAACAGCUAGUCCCAGCUAUAGCCUGUACGUAGUGAGUUUUCAUCAUGUCCUCCCGCAUCAGUGGGGCACGUAUGCUAAGUGCAACAUCUUGUGACAAUCUCUGACCUCAUCAGCAGCCUUCUGACUCAGAACAAAGGACCGUCCUGGUACAGACACUGUAGCCCUGCUGUUUUCUCCAGCCGGCUGUAAGCGGCACGCCAAAUUCACAUGACCACACAAAACCGGUGCAUGAGCUCAUCGUGCCGUCAAAGCACCCUGUAGAUUAAGUGUGUGUAGACAUGUGUAAUAUUGUCUUUACUUUGCUGGGGCUCGUUUUGGAGAGUUUGAAAACUCAGGCAAACAAAAAAAGAUUAAAAAAAACCCCCCAGGAUAUCCCUAUUGAAUUAGAUGGGCGUUGUGCUUAUAGCAUCUGAGUGGCUCAUAUAGGCUGCUCGGUUUUGCGAAGCAGGCAUUUGAACCUUUUCUUUGAUUAAAGUACACAUGUGCCCAUUUCUGGUUUCCAGGCAUAAAAAGUAUUCAACAAGUUACUGUUUAAGAAUGUAAAAAAAAAAAAAAGUUUCAGAGCCAUGGGAGUUUUUCUCCAGCUGUGUCAAGCAUAGAUAGACCGUAUAGUGGUCCAGAAAAUAUUUCUGCGUAGUAAAAAUGCAAGAAAUCAUUGCGUUGGAAAUGAAUAAACAGUUAAACGUUAUGAUAUCAAGAGGGAAACGACAAAAGGCUCUAAUGCUCUGUGCAAUAACCAAUCAAAAGAUAUUACUAACUGUAAAUCGUCCAUACAAUAUUUUUCCUACAGUCUUUCAGUCCAAGCUAGAAUAACAAGAAAUAAAUGUUAUAGUAUUGUUCCAACAGUGAUAACUAAUAUAUUAUUUUGGCAGCAGCUGAAAUAAUUGCUGCUCUUCCCUUUUAGAUUUGUGUGAAAAUAUCGCGGUACUUUUACUAAAGGCCAGAACACACCCCAGGAACCAAGAAAUUUGUUCUCUCACUCGGGGCUGCAAGAAAACAGUUCUCAGCCGGUUUCAGAGUUCUCACAGCACAUCUGAGGAGACCUUUACUCUGGUCAGGUGUCCUACAUAUGAGGUCCUCAGGACAUUUGAAAUGUCCUGGCUAGGAAACACUAUGUUCUUGUUUGUGGACCUCAUGUGAAAGAACCAGUUACUCAGAUCUUCUGGACUAAAUACAGGCUUUGAAGAUGAUCACUCCAUGAGAACGUCAUGUUGACCCAUGCUCUGAGUAAACUGGACACCUGUCUUCCUUCUGAUAUUAAUGAAAGUCCCAUUGUGUUCUGUUGGGCUGUCAGGUUUGCCCGUUCUACCGACACAAAGUUUUCAAAACAUUAACCACGUGUAGUGCCACAGUAGUUCAGUGGAAAGGAUGUAGCAAUACUCAGAUGGAGGGGAAGAAAACAGGAAAUCUGAGUUAUUUCAAAUGGCGGCGUUCGAUUAGCUUUAGCCGCCAAGAGAAGAAAAAGCACAAAAGUUUUAAAAUGGGUGAUUUGAAAAGUCAAACCAGUUGUACCAAUGGAAUAGUUUCUGGUGUUUUAGCUACUUUUCAAAAGAAUAAAGCAGGCUUGCGCUUUGUUGUUUUAAAUAGCAAGUUUCAGCUUUUUUCAAAAGUUGCUUCUCAGUUUUGGAUUCUACAAACAGUAAAAUGAUCAACUCAAAGACAUGAUGAGUAUGUAGUAAUUAUACCUGAGAUACAGAUCCACCUGAAAUAAUUCUUAAUAAAAAUCCUUGCUGGAUAAAUUCUGACAUUACUUAAUGUUUAGAAACAUUUUAGAGGAUGUUCAACUAUUAUGGCAACUGAGUGAAUAUGAACAUUAAUAUUAAUGGAGGUAUUUAACUGAAGAUUUUACCAGCGUUUGCAAACAUAAGACAUAUUCAGUUUUAGUGGCCACAAAAAUUUACCCAGCAAAACUUUUUAUUUUAAAUUUAACCUGUACGUUUCUCUUUUGUGUUAGUUGGUCACAUAGACAGCAUGUUUUCUGUUCAGAUGCUGAAUCGCUGAUGUGAAACCUUCUCCUCUUACACAGGCUUACCUUUUCGGCCUUGUGUUCUGGAUUUUUUUUUUUAAAAAAAGGUUGAGCAAAAAUAACGAGAAACCUUUAGAGACGCAGAGACAAAUGAGUAGUGCACAGCUGCUGAACUAGAUAAAAAAAAAAGAAAAAAGUUAUUUGAAUGACUUAACCCUAACUGUCCAUAUGUGGACAUCAAUAAUCCCAACAUGUCCGAAAGGCUGCUGCAGGUGGAAACAAAGAUUGUCUCCUUUGAGUCUGUUUUAUUGGUUCAGAAAACAUCCUAACGUUUUGGUAAUAAUGUGAUAUAAUUAAGGGAAUUAUACAACAGAGAUAAAACUGUUACCAGCUGCCAUUAUGGCAGUAAAACAAGAAUAUUUACUUGGAUACUUGUUUUCAGUCUUUACUUUCAAAUGAUCACCCUUACUCAUUUUCUUUGCAUCAAAUAGUGUUUUUUUUUGUGCUUUAGCCAAAAAUUGUGAUACACCUUUUUGAUUACUGAGGCGUUUAAAUGGCCAUUUAGCUGUUCUCAUUUCCUGGUGUCUGAGUCAGUGAUUGCUGCUUUGUCCUCUCAUCCAUAACGUGGUGUGUGUAAUGAAGUUCAACUGUCUGCUUGGUGACACGUUUUCCAGCAUCAUGAUUUUUAGAAGACGUUUAAUGAGUAGUUGGCCCACAGCGCUAGAACUCGUAUCCACUUCUGUCUUUGCAAAACAACUGUCUUCCUGUAAGCUGAGAUUUAGUCAAUAAAAUGAGAAUAUGUG